CUCUCUCUACACUUUCUCUCUCUAACUAUCGCCGUCGCCUAGGGCCAAUCGGCGUAUAUAUAUAAAAUAUAUUUAUAUAUUUAUAUUUACAUUUUCCAUUUUCCAUUUUCGUACACCUUAAAUGCUCUUGGUCAAUUCCUGUUGAUUCGUUAUAGAACGCUCUGGAUCGGAUUCUCUCCAUUAAUGCGCAGCCGAUAUUCCUCGUGAUUCGUGUUAAGAGAAAACAAAGGGUUUUUUGAUCGGAAUGUGCGGGGUUCUGGUAGGCAUUAUUACUUCACCGGAGCUUGACACUGUUGCUCAGAGGAUAUCGACGAAUAAGAAGAAGUAGAAGAACUUUGGAAGAGAAUGUCUGGCCCGCUUGACCGGUUCGCAAGACCAUGCUUUGAAGGGUUUUCUGGUAGUGAUGAGAGAAAAGAAAGGAAGUCUGACUUUGAAAACUCAGAGGAUGAGAGAAGAACUAGAAUUGGGUCUUUGAAAAAGAAAGCAUUAAAUGCUUCCACUAAAUUUAAGCAUUCUCUCAAGAAAAAGAGCAGUAGACGUAAAAGUGAUACGCGAGUAAGCUCUGUUUCCAUUGAGGAUGUUCGAGAUGCUGAAGAGCUACAGGCUGUCGAUCAAUUUCGGCAAUCACUAAUGUUGGAUGAAUUACUGCCUGAAAAACAUGAUGAUUAUCAUAUGAUGCUGAGGUUCUUGAAAGCAAGGAAAUUCGAUAUUGAGAAAGCAAAGCAUAUGUGGGCUGAAAUGCUUCAGUGGAGGAGGGAAUUUGGUGCAGACAAUAUCAGGGAGGAGUUUGACUUCAAAGAGAAGAAUGAAGUUCUAAAGUAUUACCCCCAUGGACAUCACGGUGUGGAUAAGGAGGGAAGACCGAUUUAUAUUGAAAGAUUGGGAAAAGUGGAUCCCAAUAGACUAAUGCAAGUUACAACUAUGGACCGGUAUGUAAAAUACCAUGUCAAGGAAUUUGAGGAAACUUUUGCAACAAAGUUUCCUGCUUGUACCAUUGCUGCAAAGAAACACAUAGAUUCAAGCACUACAAUAUUAGAUGUUCAAGGCGUGGGUUUAAAGAACUUUACAAAGUCUGCAAGGGAACUGAUCAUGCGUCUGCAGAAGAUUGACGGAGACAACUAUCCUGAGACUCUCUGCCAAAUGUUUAUCAUCAAUGCUGGUCCGGGAUUUAGACUGCUGUGGAACACUGUGAAGAGUUUUCUAGAUCCUAAAACGACUUCCAAAAUUCAUGUUCUUGGAAACAAAUACCUGAACAAACUGCUUGAAAUCAUUGAUGUCAGUGAGUUGCCAGAUUUUCUAGGUGGUUCCUGUACCUGUGCUGACCAGGGAGGGUGCCUUCGAUCUGAUAAGGGUCCGUGGAAGAACCCAGAAAUAUUGAAGAUGGUUCGCAAUGGUGAAGCACGACGUGCCAGGCAGAUUGUAAAGGUUAUAACCAGCGAGGGGAAGGUUACCUAUAUUAAACCGCGCUACCCAGUGCAGGUAAAAGGUAGUGAUACAUCUACUGCUGAGUCCGGUUCUGAAGCUGAAGAUAUUGUUUCUCCUAAAGCAAUAAAGAGUUAUUCACAUCUUCGGUUGACUCCUGUUCGUGAGGAAGCUAAGACUGUUGGAAAAGCAAGCUAUGCUGUUAACUUCUCUGGGUAUGAUGAGUAUGUUCCCAUGGUUGACAAGGCCGUUGAUGCUGGAUGGAAGAAGCAGUCCCUUCAACGAUCACAAUCUUCUAAAGGAACCCUUUCCCCGUCUGAUACAACAAAAACUUCAGAAGGAAUUCGUUCUCAGACUAUUAUCAUGCUUACUGCAUUCUUUAUGACUCUUAUCACUCUUUUACGUUCAAUGACAUAUCGGGUAACUGGAAAGAUUCCUAAGACAUUGCCUAACUGUAACCAAAAUACUUCUGAUCAUACUCUUAAUGCAACAAACAAGGAAGACUGUCAACCCCCUUCAUCAACUCCAUCAUUUACAGAGGCAGAUAUCCUCUCCACAGUACUGAAAAGGCUAGGAGAGCUUGAGGACAAGGUUGAUACACUUCAAUCAAAGCCAUCUGAAAUGCCCUCGGAGAAAGCGGAAUUGCUUAAUGCCGCUGUUUGUCGUGUGGAUGCCUUAGAAGCUGAGCUAAUUGCUACCAAAAAGGCUCUUUACGAAGCUUUAAUGAGGCAAGAAGAACUACUCGCGUACAUAGACAGACAAGAAGAAGCUAGGCUCAGGAAAAAGAAAUCAUGCUGGUGAAGCGUUUUCCUGAUGGAGAGAGACUACAAGAAGGAUCUCUUAAAUGUCAAUUUUAGUGUGUUGGAUGAAGCAUACUUUGAUCUUACAAAUGAUACACCAAUCUUUAAUGAUGUGAUCUUUUUAAUCCAAAAAUCCAAAAUGAGAAGGAGUCCUAACCUUGUAUGUGCAUGGGGUUCCUUUUUUCUCAAAACGAUUUGUGUGCAGUUUGCUUGUAUUUUCUUGCCAUUUAAUUUUUGUGAAAGAAUUGACUUUGAUAAGAAAACAUUAUACCAA